CCCCAAAUUCCCUUCUUUUUUUUUUCUUUUCGAAUCUGAACACAAAUUCCCAAUUACUCAAAACAUAAACAAAACCCAAAAUCACAACUCCAAAGAUGUCCACUGUAAAACCCUAGAAUCCCUAUCAUCUCCUAAUUCCCCCCCACCACACACGAUGAUUUCCGACCCCACCGAGUCUCCUCGCAAGCGACUCCUCGCCGAUCCCAAGCCCAAACACGGCUCCUCCUCCUCCUCCGCCCCGGCCGCCGCCCCACCGUUCGAUUUACCGGACCGAAAGAAGACCAGAGACCUCCCCAACUUGUCCGAUUGCCACAGCUGCGGGCUCCACACCGACAGCACCAACCCUAGAGUCAGGCUCCAAACCCUACCCAGCUUCUGGCGCGUCGUCCUCCUCUGCCGGCCCUGCUUGAACCGCGUCGAAUCGGCCAACCUGUGCUCGUACUGCUUCUCCUCCGUGGCCGAUUCCGACUGCCACCGGUGCCGGGACUGCGAUCGCCGCGUCCACAAGGACUGCGUCGUCAGGUAUAACUGUUCUGCGCCUUGGUCUUAUUGUUGUGGUCCUGAAUUAGGGCCUUUUAGGGUUUGUGUUGACUGUUGGGUCCCGAAAUCGUUGAAAAAUUCGAGUAGGGUUUGUAAAAGGAGGAGGAGGAGGAGUAAAACUCAAUUAGGGUUUGAGAAUUCGAGGAAAUCUGGGGGCCUGGAGGUUGUGGUGAACGAUGCGAAAAGGGUGGUGGAGAGGAAAGCUAGGGUUGCGGUUAAGACAAAAGAGAAGGCCUUGAGAAAAGCUGUUGUGGCUAGGAGGGCUGCGGAAUUGGCGAAUGGGUUUUUGGAUCUCGUUGCUAGGAAAGAUGGCGGUGAGUGUUCGGUGAGCGUUAGUAGUAGUGGUUCUGAAACGACUGCUGCGACUACGACCACCGGUGUUGAUGCGGAACUGGCGUUUUGGUUGCAUCGUGCUAUGAACAGCUCACCGAGGAUUUCGAGGAACUUGUGCUUGGUGAAUUCGAGUUGUUUGCCUGUUCCAAGAUUACAGAAAGGUAUAGGAAAUUCAUCAGGGUCAAGGGGGAGUCGUAAUGCUAUUGUCGGUGGGAAGAUGGAGGAAUGCCGCAGUCGUAAGUUGAUUGAGGAUACUGAUGCAAGUGUGGGUUCAAGGGGGAGUCCUGAUCCUAGUGUCAGUGGAAAGAUUGAGGAAUGCCCUAGUCAUAGGUUGAAUGAAACCAAUGACGUAAGGGUUUCACAACCUGAAGUCAAAGUGGUGUAUGUAAGGCGUUCAGGUAGUGGUCGUACUAAUUCGUGUAAUUUAAAGCGGGGCAGAUUGGUUUACACAAGGAGGUGUAAAAAGGAUAAGGGAUGUCAGGAAAAAGGUGGAGUGGUGGUUGGAAAUCGCAAUACUUGUGAUGACAGUAGCCUGAUAUUUGAGCCUCAGACUCGCCAUAAACAAGAUGAGGCGGAGUUUGAGUUGCAUCUAGAUGAGUCUAGGAACCCAAAUCAACAGAAUUGCGAGGGAAAUGGUCCGAUGCUGAAUGUUGAAAGAUACAAUGGGAAAACGGAUCGCUAUCUGUUGAAGUACAGCAAGAGGCCACAUAAGGAGUUGGAGUAUGCGUUGCAUCCAGAUGACACUAGGAACCAAAAUCAUGUGAGUUGCAAUGGAAAUGGUAAUAUGCCACUUGACGAAUGUUGCAAUGGGAAAUGGGAUCGGUAUAUGAUAAAGUACACUAAGAGGCGUGUUGUGUUGAAAGCAAUUUUGGACGAUGAGACGAAUUUUCAUUGUGACGAUUCUAGUGUUGAAAGCGAGGAUAGAGCUGUGGGAGUGGGUCUCUAUCCGAAUUGGUCCGGGGAAUACAGGACAUUAUCUGAUGCUUCCUUUCAGUCUUCCACUGUUUCUCUGGAAGCUUCAGCUUGUGCACAUGUUUUAUCAGAAGACCUAUCAUGAGGCAAAGAGAGUUGAAGGGAAGUACAAUAUGCUGGGGAAUGACUUGGAACACUACCAGAUGUGCCUACCACGGCAGUGUUGGAUGCCAUGGUAGUUUGCUCUUUUAUCCAUGUUUUGAAGGAGAAGUAACACUUGCAUAAUUUACAUGUCAAGCAGCACGGUUCAGCAGCUUAGCUUUUGGAUUUGAGUCUUGCAGAUUAUGGAAGAGAAAUUUCUCAGAAUAAAGGAAUGGAGAUCCUCUCAUGUGACGAAAAAUGGAACUUACCAUGGUGUUAUUCGACGAUCUGACGAAAAAUGGAACUUACCAUGGUGUUAUUCGACGAUCUGAUUCGUAGGCCUCAAUGUAUGUCAUUCAUGUGGAAAGUAAAGUUCAUUAGACAUUACUCCUCCGUUCUUUUUUAAGUGUCCUAAUUUGUAAUUCCAACUUAUUAAAAAGACAUCAUUAUUACACAUUUCACAUCAA